AUGAUGAUUUAUGUCCCAUUGUCACAACAGAACAGAAUUUUGACAGACUUCUUGUUCCUCUGGACCAUCCAAGUAGAAAAAGGAGAUAAUUACUAUAUAAACCAUUUUCACAUGCUCCGUGCUCAUACCUCAGCUCAUCAGUGGGAUUUGAUGCACUCUGGACUGGAUGCAUUCCUGGUUGCAGGAGAUGUUUAUCGCCGCGAUGAGAUUGAUAGAACCCAUUUUCCAGUUUUUCAUCAGAUGGAAGGUGUCCGCCUAUUCUCAUACCAUGAGCUGUUUGCUGAUGUAAAAAGUAUGGAUACUUGCCAGUUGUUCGAACAAGGGAUUCGUACACCUAAUAAGCAAGAAUCCCACACUUUGGAGGCUGUGAAAUUGGUAGAGUUUCAGCUGAAGCAAACACUUUCUAAACUAAUAACGCAUCUUUUUGGAGAAGGACUGGAGAUUAGAUGGGUAAACUGCUACUUCCCAUUUACACACCCAUCUUUCGAAAUGGAGAUCAAGUUUCAGGAGAAUUGGUUGGAAGUUCUAGGAUGUGGCAUCAUGGAACAGAAGCUGGUGAAUUCAGGUAACAAAAAAUAUUUAUAUAUAUGUAUAUUUCUAAAUAAUCACUUUAAGCUUAAUACACAGCUGAUAUACACGUGA